AUGGAAGAUAAGAACCAGACAGAAGUGACUGAAUUUCUUUUCUUGGGCCUCACAGAUCACCUCCAUCAUCAGAUCGUCCUUUUUGUCAUGCUUCUCUUUGUCUAUGUUGUCACCCUGCGGGGUAACGUAGGCAUGAUCAUUCUCAUAUGGACUGAUGCAAGACUCCACACUCCUAUGUACUUUUUUCUCAGCCACUUGUCCUUUGUAGAUAUUUGUUCUUCUUCCAUUGCCCCCAAGAUGCUGUGUGAUAUCUUUGCAGAGAAAAAAGGCAUCUCUUUCAUGGGUUGUGCCACACAAAUGUGGUUUUCUGGUUUCUUUGUGGUAUCUGAAUGUUUCCUCCUGGCUUCCAUGGCAUAUGACCAUUAUAUGGCCAUCUGUAAGCCCUUAUUGUACACACUCAUCAUGUCCCAGAGGGUCUGUGUGCAGCUGGUUAUGGGGCCUUAUGCCAUGGCUUUUAUAAGCAGCAUGACUUACAUGACAUUGACUUUUCUCUUACCCUUCUGUGGUUCAAAUAUCAUCAAUCAUUUUUUCUGUGAUAUUUCACCACUGCUUUCCCUUGCAUGUGCAGACACUUCCAUGAUUCAGCUUGUAUUUUUAUAUUUGGCUGGAUUUAUAGGAAUACUCAGUGGCCUGAUCAUCAUGGUCUCCUAUGUUUGCAUCCUGGUGGCCAUCUUGAAGAUCCAGACUGCUGGAGGGAGGCAGAAAGCUUUCUCCACUUGCUCUUCUCACCUGGCAGUUGUCUCCAUCCUGUAUGGGACUCUUUUCUUUAUCUAUGUUUGGCCUGGCUCAACUUCCUCCCUGAAUAUCAAUAAAGUGAUUUCUCUGUUUUAUACUGUGGUAAUCCCCAUGUUGAACCCCCUCAUUUACAGCCUGAGAAACAAGAAGGUGAAAAAUGCAUUCAGGAGGAAUUUUGAAAGGAAAAAUUCUCUAAUGGUUUUGGUAAUACAUAGCUCUGCCAUGCUGUACCAUAGAUGUUGGUUCAUAAUGUGUAGUAAAAAGAACGCUGGGCUGAGAAUAAAUUCUUUUUAA